CGUAAAAUGAUUUAAAAUCGUUUGAAAAGAAAAAUAUUCUUGUGAUUUAUGCUAACAAGAAUCUGCUGUAUUGUGCACGAGGGCCAUCAUAACUGAUCGUCGCCUACUUUCUGUCGGCGGUUUCGAUUUGUGUUGUUGGUUCACGCUGGCCGUUGCGCGCUCUACAAUGAACUAAGUACAGCAAGCGCGUUUGCAGAGUACGCACGCAAGUACCAUCGUUGCGCUAAAUAUUAAUUCUUAAAUCGCACCGUUUCCUAACACGUCAACUUGAGUCUAAAAGACAGCAACCAUGAACGCGUUCAUGAGGAGGUUUCUCAGAUUUCUCGUAUCGUUGCUGGCCAUCAUAGUGGUGCCGGUUUCAUAUUUUUCAAGCUUCAAACGAAAACGGAAAUGUCCCCCGCCAACAAAUCCCAUCCUCUUCAAAUCAGCAACUAAGCUAGCAGAUAUGAUAAGAAAGAAACAGAUAACAUCGGAAGAGGUUGUGUCUGCGUUUAUAGAACGGUGUAAAGAAGUUAAUCCUUACGUAAACGCUGUAAUCGAACCACGGUAUGAAGUAGCGCUAAGAGAAGCAAGAGGAAUAGACAAAAUGAUAAAGUCAACAGAUCGCACACCAGAAGAAUUAGAACAGGAAUAUCCACUAUUGGGAAUUCCGCUUACUAUCAAAGAAAGUAUAGCGGUUGAGGGCAUGAGCAAUGAUUGCGGAACGGUAUACACAAAUAGAAAUCCAGCCAAGAAAGACGCGGCUAUUGUCAGGCAAGCCAGAGCGGCUGGUGCAAUUCCCAUAGCUGUAACCAGCACACCUCAGUUGUGCAUGAACUGGGAAACAUACAAUAAUGUUAUAGGAGUAACGAUGAACCCUUACGAUCCGAAACGUACAACUGGAGGCUCUUCGGGGGGCGAGUCGGCCUUGAUUUCUUCAGCAGCAUCGCUAAUAGGACUCGGAUCGGAUAUGGCUGGGUCCCUUAGAUUGCCUCCUAUGUUCACUGGAAUCUAUGGACACAAACCAUCACCUAGAUUACUUUCGAUUGAAGGACACAUACCAGACUGCUUGGAUCCUGAUUUUGAAGAAUAUUUCACUCUUGGUCCUUUAACACGCUACGCCGAAGAUUUAGCACUUAUGUUAAAAGUUUUAAAGAAACCUGGAAGCCCUGACAUACCUUUCGAUAAACCGGUUGACGUAUCAACAUUGAAAUUCUAUUACAUGGAAGGUGAUGGCAGCAACGUUUCCGAUUCCAUUGGUCGUGACGUCAAGAUGGCUAUGCACAAAACGCGGGAGUACCUCAAACAAACCUAUAAUAUUGAAGCGAAACCGUUAAACAUAAAAAAUAUCGAACACAUGUGGGAGAUAAGCGUCAGAGUAUUAAUGAAUAUAAGCCACGUUCGCAACAUCUACACUGAUCCGAACAAUCCUAAGCAAUGGGUAUCGAUCUGGCCUGAAAUCAUCAAGAAAAUGUUUGGUUUAUCGAACAACAACUUUUUUUCUGUUUGCUAUGGUCCUUUGAAGAAAUUCUUUGAUGCCCUACCGAGAAGCUACUACAAGAACCUUCUAACUAAAUUCGAAGACAUUAAAACUGAAUUUGAGACAAUUUUAUCUGACGAUGCAGUUUUGUUGUUUCCGACUUUUCCACAUCCCGCCCACUUGCACUACCGAGUGUACUAUAAAUUUUUGAACUGUGGAUAUUUAACAAUGUUCAAUGCAUUAGGGCUGCCAGUUACGGCCUGUCCGAUUGAAAUGUCGAAAAAAGGCCUCCCUGUCGGCAUCCAAAUUGCGGCAAACAGAUACAAAGAUCAUUUAACUGUGGCGGUCGCUAAAGAAUUUGAGAAAGCAUUCGGUGGUUGGGCAGCUCCUAACAAAGAUUCGGUUACAGUAUAGAGUAAAACGUAAUAUAAUUUU